UCGAAGAUGGCGGAAUUUUUGACUCUGGUGUCCGCUGUUAUGAUUGUAAUAACAUUUCUCUUGUUAGGCCGGUUUAUAAUCAGGCUUGGUAUCAUGGAAAGAGAGGCCAUAUUUGAUUAUGUUAGCCAUUCGCCCAGGGAAAUUCCUUCUCGGCCUAUGGUUGGUGUUAAAAACCCCUUUUUGUUGAAAAUGAAAACAGCUGAUCAAAACAAAUCAUUAAGAACAGGUGUGAUUGAGCUUGUUCUGAGUUCAAUGAUUCCUUGCUAUGUGACAUUCUACUGGGAAGUCAAUAAGGCUGUUAUAGACACCGCCAUUUGUGAGGAUAACAAGCAGUAUGGUAUCGCAUUUGGUGAUUGUGAUGAUGAUGACAGUGAUUCAGAUGUGGAAGAACCAAGCAUGUCUGCAAUUCCUCUGGAACAUAUUCUGAGAGGUUCAUACAAGGAUCGAAGUGCGUCUGAAUUUUAUGAUGCUGGGUCCAAUCUUGAACUUCUAGCUGUCCCUCCUGUUAACCUGGUUCAUGAAACAUCAACUAGUACUAGUGCUGUCGCUGUUGGCUCAAAUUAUGAACUAGUUGUUACUGUUGAAAUGUCCAGAUGGGAUGAGCAGAGACCGCAGCAGCUCUCUGAUAUUGUUGCAGUUGUAAUGGCAGUGAAUGUAUCCUCCUCUCCCAUUGGUAACCAUGACUGUAAUGUAGCAUUGCAAUGUGUUCAGACUGCAGAGGGGAAAAUAUAUUGCAUGAAGAAACUAUUUGUAGUGGACAGUGAAGACACUACAGAAGCUCAAAUCUUGUCAUCACAUCAGGGUGCAUCACCAGUCAUAUCACAGUCGUCAUCAUCAUCAGUACCUGAAUCUGCAAAUUUUUCUGCUGCAUCUACAGACUUGCUCAAUGCAGUGUGUGUUGUUUGCCGUGAACUGCCUGUGACCAGAGCCUUCCUACCUUGUAGACAUGCAUGCAUAUGUGGCUUAUGUAGUCGUCAUCUUCGGUAUUGCCCUAUGUGUAGGGAGUUCAUCCAAUCAUAUUUCAAGGUUCAAGAUGAACCAUUUAUUGAUCAGGGUGACUCUGAUGCCAGCUCUGAACUAAAGAAAUUGUCAGUUAGCGAAAUUUUAAGAGGUGUUUUUACAGCAAGUUGAUCCACCAACUAAAAUAAAAAUCAAUGAACAGUUUUGUAAAUAGGUAGUCUCAAGGAACUCAGUACAACUGUGUUGUAUUGAGCCCUGUAUUUGGUUUAGAAAAGAUAACCAUUAAAACUUGGAAAAUUGUUUUAAUUAUGAAAAUUAAACUA